GUCAUCGCAGCUGUCACGUUUUUGUUUUCGUUCGCGCUGACGAAAUUCUGGUGCGGAUGCAAUUUUCACUUUGCGUGGCAGUGUUUUGGUGAUUCCGUGGAAGUAAAUCUCCAUUCAUAGUCCGAUUUCAAUCCGAAGUGUAUCAAGUCCGGAGGAUAAGUUUACGCUCAAUUGCCCAGUGAUGCCGACCGUCGGAGUGAAACGAGACCUGCUUUUCAAAGCUCUUGGAAAAUCCUACACCGACGAUGAGUUCCAGAAGCUAUGCUUCGAGUAUGGAUUGGAACUGGAUGAGGUGACCACCGAGAAGCAGAUGAUCACUAAGGAGCAGGGAGAAGUGGAGGCGGCCAAGGAUGCAUCGGAGGAAGUCAUCUACCGGAUCGACAUACCGGCUAAUCGGUACGAUUUGCUGUGCCUGGAAGGAUUGGUACUUGGAUUGCAGGUGUUCCUCGGGAAGAUAUCUUUCCCGCAAUUUACAAAGGUGGCCCCUGUUGACGGGACUGCCCAGAGGAUGGUUGUCACAGAAGCUACGAAGCAAAUUCGUCCAUUUGCUGUUGCUGCCGUUUUGAGGAAUGUAAAUUUUACGAAAGAUUCGUACAACAGUUUCAUCGACCUGCAAGACAAGCUGCAUCAAAAUAUUUGCCGCAAGCGUGCGCUAGUUGCGAUAGGAACUCACGAUCUAGAUACGCUGAAGGGACCUUUCACCUUCGAUGCAAAGGCCCCGAAGGAUAUUAAGUUCGUUCCGCUGAAUCAGGAGAAGGCGAUGACCGGAGAAGAGCUGAUGGAGUUUUAUUCCACUCACGCGCAGCUCAAAAGCUAUCUGCCAAUUAUUCGCGAUUCGCCGGUUUAUCCAAUUAUCUACGAUUCGAAUGGAAUAGUUCUAUCCCUUCCUCCGAUCAUCAACGGCGAUCACUCCAAGAUUAAGCUGACAACGAAAAACGUUUUCAUCGAAUGUACGGCGACUGAUUUGACCAAGGCCAAGAUCGUUCUGGACACUUUGGUCUGCAUGUUCUCCACUCACUGUGCGAAGCCUUUCACGGUUGAGGGUGUCGACGUAAUCAAUCCGAACGGCGAGGCCGUUCAGUACCCUGAACUUGCAUUUCGCAAGGAGACCGUCUCCGUCGAGAAGGCGAAUGCUCUCAUAGGAAUAAAGGAAUCGCCAGAAUCGAUGGCGAAAAUGUUGAAUCGUCUGCUUCCGACCACUCAGAGCGUAGCAAACAAAGACCAACUGGAGGUUUUGAUUCCUCCUACUCGACACGACAUGCUACACGCUUGUGACAUCUACGAGGACGUGGCUAUUGCCUAUGGAUACAAUCGUAUCCCGAAGACCCUUCCCGGAACAAUGCAUAUUGCUAGACAAUAUCCGCUGAACAAACUUACAGAGCAGCUGCGGGAGCAAAUCGCCCAAGCUGGAUUCACCGAGGGUCUGACAUUCACACUGUGCUCUCGGGACGACAUCGCCACUAAGCUAAACCGGAAAAUCGAAGAACUCCCCGCGGUUCACAUUGCGAACCCAAAAACGUUGGAAUUCCAAGUCGUUCGAACUACUUUGAUUCCCGGACUGCUGAAGACUUUGGCGGCCAACCGAAAAAUGCCGCUGCCACUAAAGUUGUUUGAAGUAUCCGACGUUGUCCUGGCAGACGCUGAAUCGGAAGUCGGUGCACGUAACCAGCGGCGUGUCUGUGCUGUGAACUGCAACAAAACGGCCGGAUUUGAGGUCGUUCAUGGUUUGUUGGAUCGCGUUAUGCAACUGCUGGAGGUGCCCUGGGAUAAGCAAAAUGGGUACUACCUAAAGGCCGUUGAUGAUCCGGCCUACUUCCCGGGUCGAUGUGCCUCCAUUGUCCACAAAGGGAUGGACAUCGGCCGGAUUGGGGUGUUGCAUCCGACGGUAUUGCAUGCGUUUGAGAUUACGACGCCUUGUUCUGUGGUUGAGUUUGACAUAGAGUUGUUUGUUUGAACAAAAUUAUGGAACUUUGUACAAUAAAACGGAUCGAACAGUCAA